AUGUGGCUAAUUCUCCAGUACCAGUUCAUGAAAUUGAAAGAAGGUAUAGUGGAUGAUCACAUGAAAGUUCCAAGAUUGCGGGAUCCACCCAUCUUCUUCUGCUUGUCUAGUGGAUUGCCCUUUUCCCCCUUCACGCUCACCUGUCAGCAGAAAUGUUUGACUCUAGCAGCAAUAUAUGUUGCCCACUACUUCAUCACAGAUGUUACCAUGUAA